CCCGUAUGUCGAACAGGUCUACUCAAUGAGUUCUGAGACUAUGGUCCUUGUUGAGAGACUCUUUGACAGGUUGGUAUUGCAUAAUCGUCUAUAGUAGAGCACAAUUGCCUGUGCGCUCUUGAUUCAUAUUUCCUUUGCUUUCUCAGCAGCAUUUCUUAGUAUUCAACCUGGACGGUCAGCCCCAACUUCAGCAAGGACCAACAUGUGGCCUAGUUGCCUUGUCAAUUGCAUCUUCGAUGAUGACAUCAAAAGAUUCACAUGGAUCCUCACAUCUGUCUGCAUUGCUACAGGCUGCACAGGAAUCGAAAAUGACACUUCGGGGAGAAAUGUUUUCUGCAGACAACAUGGCUCGUUUGUCUACCGAGUUCUACCACAUGCCAGCGGAUGUGACGACUAGCGUGCUGUCUUAUCCAGAAGAACUCGUAAAGUGUCUGUUACAAGAAUCACCGAUUUUAGUUCCUUAUGAUAAAGACAAGAACAAUGAACCGUGUGUUUCACAUGGUCACAGUGCACACUGGGCUGUCAUUACAGGUUUUAUGGUACCCUUUGCAUCGGGAUAUGUCCAUCUACUGGCACCGUUUACACACUUAUGUGACGGCCGUCCACAAGUUCGGUAUGUGAGACAAGGUGAAGGUCGAUUGAAGUGUCUGUUGACUAAAUCAGAAUGGAUAUCUCAUAUGGUAUCCGACCUGUUGCAAAUUUAUGUAUUCGCUCGUCAUGGCCAGUCUCGUCAUCUGGCCUUGUGGGUAUUAGAUACAUUGGUAAAGAGUAACAGCAACCUUGACGAACUGGAUCCGCGUAAGAGCCCCGAUGAUUUUAUUGUACCUGAGGGAGGACUGUCUGUAGGUUUAAAAUCGAAGACCGUUGUUAUGAAAUCUGUAGGGUGUUGGAUAUAGUUGUGGUCUUAUUAUGUAGUACAGUACACCGGAGUCUGUGUCAACAGUCAUCAUUUGCAGUGAAGCAAAUUUUUCUAAUUUUGUAAAUUUGUACUUUGAACGUGAAAUAGAGAUCAGAUGCAUUCUAAUCCACGACAUUGGCUUGAUACAGAAUAUAGGUGACAUGUCUGGAAUGAGAUACUUGGUAAUAAUCCUAUCUGG